CAUGUCAUGUCCUACAGUUAAGUAGAGCGAUAGUCAAAAUAAUAUUAUGCUUCUUACACAAUUAGCCAAAUACUUAGUGGUGUUAGCAACCUGUGAUGCGAUGACUUUGAAACAGAUAAAAAACACCGGCAAGAUGAUGAGGAAAUCCUGCCAGCCGAAAAACAACGCCGCUGAUGAAAAGAUCGACCCAUUAAAUGACGGCAUAUUUAUAGACGAAAAGGAAGUCAAAUGCUACAUGGCCUGCAUCAUGAAAAUGGCUAACACGAUAAAAAACGGCAAACCAAACUACGAAGCAGCUAUAAAACAAGUAGACCUUCUGCUCCCUGAAGACAUGAAGGAACCAGCCAAAGAGGCUUUAGCAGCUUGCAGAAAAGUUCCGGACGCAUACAAAGACACGUGUGACGCAGCUUUCCACGUCACCAAGUGCAUCUACAAUCACAACCCAAGUAUAUUCUUUUUCCCAUAAUAAAAAGUACUCAUU